CAACGUCCACUUCCACUGUUCCAGAGUCCAGACAUAAAUGGGAGCCCAACGACUUCAUCACCACCGCCAUCAUCCGUCAUCCAUCAUUUUCUUCCCUUCUCCGGCCUUCUCGUCUUCAUCUCCGGCAACUUUCUCGCACAACCUGGCUUCGUCUCCUUGGCCUCUUGCAGUUCUGAAGACCUCUCCAGUUUGGUGGCGAUCGGUUUUCCUCGUCUCAGACCCCAACCUUUCUGCAUUUCAGCGGCUCCGUUCAGGAGCUCCUGUCAUCCCUUUCUUUUCUCCAGUGACCUUUCUCUCUCGUUCUGCAGCUCGUCCUCAAACUCCUACAGUUCAAUUCAAGCAUCACAACCCGCCCAGGUUUUCCCCAUUUUUGCUCCUCUCAUCUUCACUAGGUUUCCUACUGCCCUAGAAAUUAAUACGGCAAUCAUUCUUCUAAAUUAAUAUGAGUAGACUGUGUUUGUUAAAUAUUUUCUCUUUUACUGGAAGUUAGUUAAGUGUUAAUCAUUUUCUUGCGGAAAAAUGUCACUCUUGAGAUUAUACCCAGUAAGGUUUUUCUCCCUUUCCUUUAUCAUUUGCUUGAAUUUCAGCUUUUACUGCUUCUACAUUGUGCUUUAUAGUUUGGCUAAGCAUGAAUUACCAUGAAGGAGUCUUAACUUAGCAUCUAAGCAGGGUCUGAAGUUGUGGUUUGGUGAAUGUUCUUCAUGGGUUGGUAGUACAAUAUUGAACUUUCAGGUAAAAGGAACGCCUGUUGUGGAGUUCUGUUUUGCCAAUAGGCGAUAGCAUUUUGGAUUUUACGUUUCUUUGAUAGAUAAGGAUAUUUUCAGUUCUUUCCAAAUUAUAAGUGUUCCUUUAUUUGCUUGAAACUUUUAAAUAUUGCAUUCCCAUCAGCAUAAUAACUUUCAUCUUUUAAGUCAGUUCCUUUCUUAAUAAAUUUGUGAACACCUU